AUGGCUGCUAGAACACCUUCAAUCCGCGCAUUGUCGCGCUAUCUGCUUCGCCCUCAAGCACCACUUCGACCCCGCUGUCAACACCAUCUCCAACGCAAACAAUACUCUGCUGCGGCACCUGGCGCACGCCUCAAUGGCACAGUCGAGUACGAUACAACGCCCAUCCUCCACCACACCGCCAAGUCGUCCCUCUCAAACUCCGAGUUGCCUGCAGACAUACAAAAGGGUCAGACAAAGCGCAUAAACCUCUACACCGCCAUUAAUGAAGCCCUGCGAUAUGCAUUGCAAACAGAUGAACGCGUCAUGGUGUUUGGAGAAGAUGUGCAAUUUGGAGGCGUCUUCAGAUGUACCAUGAACUUGGCCGGAGAUUUUGGCACAGAACGCGUCUUCAACACUCCCUUGAGUGAGCAGGGACUUGUAGGCUUCGCUAUCGGAGCAGCCGCAGAAGGCAUGAAGCCUGUAGCAGAAGUUCAAUUUGCCGACUAUGUCUUCCCGGCCUUCGACCAAAUACACAACGAAGCGGCCAAAUACAGAUACCGGUCGGGGAGCACCGGCGUCAACUGUGGAGGGCUAGUAAUCCGCAUGCCAUCAGGCAGUGUCGGACAUGGCGCACUCUACCACACGCAAUCCCCAGAAGCCCUCUUCACCCACACGCCUGGCCUACGCGUCGUAAUACCCCGCUCACCCGUUCAAGCUAAAGGACUCCUCCUUUCCGCAAUACGCUGUCAGGACCCUGUCAUAUUUAUGGAGCCUAAGAUAUUAUACCGCGCUGCUGUCGAGCAUGUACCAGUCGAUGCGUUUUACCUCCCGCUCGACAAGGCUGAAGUUCUCAAGAAGGGUAAGGACGUGACGAUAGUCUCAUACGGCACGCCACUAUACACAUGCUCAGCGGCGAUAGCAGCAGCAGAGAAGGAUUUCGGGUGCAGCGUUGAGCUGAUAGAUCUCCGGACGAUAUACCCCUGGGACCGAGAGACAGUCCUGGAAAGCGUGAAGAAGACUGGAAGAGCCAUUGUAGUUCAUGAGAGCAUGAUGAAUGCAGGUGUCGGUGCUGAGGUCGCUGCUACGAUUCAGGAGAAAGCAUUCCUCAGGCUAGAAGCGCCUGUAAAGAGAGUGACAGGAUGGGCAACACACACCGGGCUCAUGUUUGAGCAGUUUGUCAUUCCGGAUGUUACUAGGGUUUACGACGCCAUCAAGCAGACCAUAGACUAUUGA